CUUGCGUCUCUCCAUGCAUCCCUGGUGGAAGGGACUAAGACGCAACGAAAGGACGCAAGUGAGGGAACGGAGAUGCAAUUAAGAUACUUGGGCGUCUCGUGAAGGGUAAACAUCAGUGGUUAGAGACGAAGCUUUAAACGUCUUCGGUGACGUCACGUCUUUUAAAGUGACAUACACAGCAAAUUGCCACGCUCGCGCCUCGCGCCUAGAAAAGCUACAGCUGUUGGCAUUGUGUUUGUGUCUGUUGGCAUUCAACGUUCACCACUCAAAACAUUUCACCGGACAAAACCGCUACAGAUACACAUCGGAGACAAACAUGGCCAACACAGAGGGAAGUAAACUUUGGGGAGGUCGCUUCCUGGGAGACACUGAUCCUUUGAUGGAGAAGUUCAACACUUCCAUCGCUUAUGACCAGAGGAUGUGGAGCGCUGACAUCCGAGGGAGCAAGGCCUAUGUGAAAGCUCUGGAGAAGGCAAAGCUGGUCACCACGGAGGAGAUGAACCAGAUUUUACAAGGGCUGGAUCAGAUUUCUGUAGAGUGGUCUAAAGGUGUUUUUGUGAUCAAACCUGAAGAUGAGGACAUUCACACUGCCAAUGAGCGCAGGCUAAAGGAGCUGAUAACUGCACCUGCAGGGAAGCUGCACACUGGCAGGAGCAGAAACGACCAGGUCGUGACUGACAUGAGGUUAUGGCUGCGAGAUGCCAUCUCCACCCUGACAGACAAUGCCCUCCAGCUGAUGUCGACCAUGGUGGAGCGGGCGGCAGCAGAAAUUGAUGUCCUGUUUCCUGGUUACACCCACAUGCAGAGAGCUCAGCCAAUCAGAUGGAGCCACUGGAUUCUAAGUCAUGCCAUUGCUCUAAGCAGAGAUGUGGACCGACUUCUGGAGAUCAAGAAAAGAGUUAAUGUUUUACCUCUCGGCAGCGGGGCCAUCGCUGGAACACCUUUUGACAUCGACAGGGAGCUACUGCGGAAAGAGUUGGAGUUUGAUGGCAUCAGUCUUAACAGCAUGGAUGCCACGGGCCAACGGGACUUUGUUGCGGAGUUCUUGUUCUGGGCUUCGUUGUGUUUGACCCAUCUCAGUAAGAUGGCCGAGGACCUGAUGCUGUACAGCACGAAGGAGUUCUCCUUCGUCUCGCUCUCUGACGCUUACAGCACAGGCAGCAGUCUGAUGCCCCAGAAGAAGAAUGCUGACAGUCUGGAGCUGAUCAGGAGUAAAGCAGGACGCGUCUUUGGCAACUGUGCAGGGUUCAUGAUGACUCUGAAGGGCCUGCCCAGCAGCUACAACAAAGACCUGCAGGAGGAUAAGGAGGCCAUGUUCGACUGCUAUGAUACGGUUCACACUGUGCUGCAGGUGACAACUGGAGUCAUGUCCACUCUCAAGAUUAACCAGAGUGUGAUGGAAGCCGCCCUCAGUCCGGACAUGUUGGCUACUGACUUGGCCUACUACCUUGUGAGGAAGGGGGUGCCGUUCAGAGAGGCUCAUGGUAUUUCCGGUAAAGCUGUGUUUGCAGCUGAAUCCAAAAAUAUCGCCCUGAAUCAACUCACUGUGGGUGACCUGAGUGCUGUGAGCCCUCUGUUUGGAAGUGACGUGUCCUCGGUGUGGGACUACAUGAGCAGUGUGGAGCAGUACAGCGCCCCCGGAGGAACAGCCAAGAGUAGUGUUACUGCACAGGUAGAACACCUGAGGACCUGGCUUCAGAAGCACACACAGUGACCUCGACCCAAUCUCACUUCGGUGUUUUGAAUCACGUUUACUGCCACAAUUUAGAUUAUUAGGAAAUGUCAGAUUGAGGUCAAAUAGAUUAUUUUUGACUUGAGAACCAUGUUGCCUUUCAAUUGUCUCCUCUCUUCUUUUUUAGUAGCUAUGAUGUUCAGUUGAUCAUGGACCCGACAAUAAAUAAAUGUUACUCAAACUAGCAGUGUGUUACAGGUUGAUCCAUUGAAGCAACUGAUUUCCACACAGACUCAGGAUGCUGCUUAAUCCCACAGAUAGGCUCCUGUUAACUAGUGAAAGUCAUGACAAUGGUUUCAGUGAUCCGUCUGCCCAAAGAUAUAACAGCAGAAAUAGGUGUGGUUUGGUUAAUUUAAUGGUAACCUACAUACUAUCACUGUCAAUUUACAGUUAAUGUAAUAAAACUCACCUGAUGAGCUCCACACAAAGCAUGUUGUGGUGAGGCAAAGCAGAUUUAGUUUAAUAGGUUCUAUUUAAGUUUUAGGCAAAAGUGCAAAACAUUUCACGGUGUUUGUACAGAAACAUUCUGUAAAAAUGCUUUGCAUUCAGCACUUAGUAAGAGUCAUAAGCAGGAGUCGUUAUGCUGGCUGAGAAUUACAGGCAUUUAUGUAGAUUUAUAACUCAAUAGUUUGUUCCAAACAUAAGCAAGUGUACAGUACAUUUGAAAUGCCUUCAUCCUCUAAUCUGCUACAUUUAAUUAUCUAACAGUGAAGAGAACCAUACGCAUGUCAAGCAAAGAAGAAGUAGUAAAUUAAACAGUCCCAGAGCUUGUAACUCAGAAAGAAUAAACUGACUUGUAAAGCCCUAAUUCUACACUUCUAUCUUACUCUAAAACACAUUUAAGGAAAAGCAGAUUUUAGUUGAGUGUGCAAAUUUAAAAUAUUGACUCCUAAUGACGACAAAAAUAAGGAAACUGAAAGGCCUAACGAGGUAAAGGCUAAACACCAGAGGUGGACAGUUUACUUUCCCUUUGCACAAUAACUUAGCUGUAAUUCAUGUGCCAAUGCAGGUGACAUUCUUCUCAUGACUAACUAUCACACAGGUAAAAGUUGCCUUUAUACAUACAGUAGCUUUUGUCAUUUACAUCCUGUGUCUUCAUGUGCCGGGUCAGUGUAUCGGACACGUCGUCCCGAGCACAACUGAGAAAGCACUGAGCCAAAGGAGGACCGCGCUCGUCAGAGCUGCACUCGCCUCGGACCGGUACACAACUCUGCCAUCCAGAGGCUGCGUGGGCCUGAAGAUGUCCGUCAUGGGUUGUCCCGUCCAGAAUCGACACUGCUCAACUAUUGCAUCCAGCUGGAGAGGAGAGGAACAAGAUUUCACAUCUUUUAGUCAGAAGUUGCAGUAGAAAGUAUUAUGUUUCUCCUGUGAAUAGGGACAAUGAAGAUUACUUUUACAGGCACUGAUCCUUCAGACUUCUUGUUCUAGUCUUAUUUUAAAGGGGCAAUUCACCCCAAAAUAACUUGCCUGUAAUGCUAUUUAUCAUAAAUCAUGACCAGUUCAUGAUUUCCGAAUGUAUUUAUUUGAGAAGCACAAGCCGAGUGCCAUAUAGUCCCGUUAUAUUUGAGAGACAUCUCUGCGGCCCAUACCUCCAAAACUAGGCACCUCACACCAGUAACAUAAAAAGCUUUACCUGUAUCUGUAUUUUAUAUCAAAAGUCAGUUUGAAGGGUUGAGGAGAUACAACGGGGAGCACUAGUUUGUCACCAGUGUGUAGCCUCCAUCUGUAGCUGCUCACCUGUCGGCUGCUGAUGGGCAGGGUCCUGUGAAACACCGUCCAGGCCACCGCCUGUUCACAUCCUGGAGUGGUCAUGGAGCCCACGUAGCGGUAGUAACUGUGGAGGUCCUUCGCUGGCGGGAUAAUGUCGCUGAGUUGAACGUUAGGGAUCACAGUGCUGCUGCCUUAACACAGAAAGACGGGUGGAGAGGUGUUUGGAAGAAAAGUCGAGGUUAACUUAAAUGUACAACAGACUAAAGAAUGCAUCUCAAUAAAAGGCUCAGGGCCCUUUUACUAUAAAAAAGUUAGUUUUGUUCUCAGUGAUCAAACAUACCAUUGUUCUGUACUCGGCCCAAAGCAGCUAUUACUGCGUCCAGAUGAGGAUGAUCAU